AUGGCCGAUGUCCGCGGUGAUGAUACACCCUUGCUGGCCGGUGGCGUUACUGCGGACAACAUCAAUUCCAUCGACAGCGUUUUUGACCCAUCGUUCGAAGCGUUGUUAGCAGGCUCGCCACUCAACAAGGAUCCGACCACCAGAGAUAACAACUCAAACUCCUGUCAUACGGGCUAUCUAACCGCCUCUCCGUCUGAUGCGUGGGGCGAUUUAUCCCUUUUCUUGCCCGAUUACAAUAUCUCUAGUCUAUCACAUCCGGAGCAUGUAGUAGCCGGCAUCGACCAGCUGCCCCCUCUCAGUGUGGAUGCCUCGAACACAAGCAGUGAGAGUGGGGAUUGCAGAGCCAAAUGUUACACAGCGCUUCUUCAACAACUCUUGUUCUUGCGUCAGUCGCUUCCCGAGAGUACUCGUCCCUCAAUCGACGUGAUAUUGCAGGUGGAGAGCCACGAGCGUAGUCUUCUCGACCGAGUCUUGAGCUGCGCCACAUGUCUCAGUAACCGCUCGUCUGUUCUCCUCAUGUCGGUGAUUACCGAGCGCGUGAUCCAGAUGCUCGACUGGAUCAUUGAGGAGAAGACCCUACUUGACACCGAAAGCGCGCGCUCCAGCCGGCGAACAGUCAGUUCCUGGACGCGGACUUCACAACUACCCCCCGCCGGGAACCGUACCGACGGCCGGCCGUAUGUGUGCCUCAUUCCGUUACAUGUAGGGAACACUGAACUCGACGAGGAUACCAAGCAGUACUUCCUCAAGCAGCUUAUCCUCAUGCGGAUGAAGAAGCUUGCUGCCAAAGUACAGGAUGUGCGACGGACCACUAGCACGCGCCCCGGGGACUGCAUCUACCGUGCUGCCGAACUGGUGUUUGCAGAGUCUCUGCAACGAUUGGAUUACCUUCGCGGCCAGGUUCAACUGUGGGAGUGA